GGCAGGUAGCAAAUUGUUGGCAGGUCGUCAUUCCUGCUUGACAAGGGCAAUUUAGUCGACCGCGUAUGGUAUGGUAAGCACACCAGGCCAUGCAGACCCCCGGCCCGUGCGGAGGCAGGGAAAAUCCUCGUCAGGUUUGGUCACGAGUGUUUGGUUCAUUUGGUACAUUUGGUUGCUCCCUGACAGUGGCAUGUCGAAGGUCAGACAAGACAAUUGAGUUCUCAGAUCGAGCAACUCGCUUCUCAGUCAACCGAGGUACAAACCACAGUCACUGCAAAGCAUGCAAAGCAUGCAAAGCAGGAGAGAGAUCUGAGGGGAGGAGGGUCGACGCAAGAGGACAAGAAUUCCGCCCCAACGGAACCCACGAAAAAUUCUGGCCGGACCACCAUCAUCCACUGGUUAUUGAAUGUGGUCGUCGUGCUAUUGUUGCCCGGCCGGAACAUCUCCGCGGGCUGUGGACCAGAGGGAAAAGAACUUCCCCCCUCUUCUCCUCCCCCCUCAUCCCAGUCAACAGCCAUCAUGGUCUGUCAGAAGGCAGACGGCCUGUAGGGGAUACGACCCUCUGACCUCGAAAGAAGCAAAAAAAAAAAAAACCGAUCCUACCUACAGACAAACUACACAUUUAUCUCCAGUGUGACGAACAACCGGAUGACGACGGAGCGCAUGGAACAUUC